AUAUAGUCCUUCGUGUCCGUAAAAUAUUCACACAGGACUUUUGUGUAUUCGAUAUAUUUGUGGUCAAUUGCUUCAAUUGUGUCUCAAGAAGAUUUUGUUGCCCCUUGCAGACUUGAAAAGACAUGUCUGAGCCAACAGGACGAGCAAGAGGCCGGUCGCGAGGCAAGUCCCGUGGCACUGCGGCCCCGACGCAACAGGAGUCCGCAAUCCGAAGGCCUGGCUUUGAAGGUGCUGGACCAUACCAGCUGCCACAAGGAUACCAGCAGCAACCUGGGUAUCAGCAGUGGCCUGGCUAUCAGCAGCAGCCACCUGCCUACCAGCAGCAGCAGCAACCUGGGUAUCAGCAGUCACCUGGCUACCAGCAGCAGCUGUCUGGUGGCAUGGCUGGCUGUCCUCCACAGCAGCAGGCGCCACCACCACAGAUGCCUCCAACCGGACGGGCUGGCCAUCGUUCGGCUGGAGUGAUGGCAAGGCCUGGGGAGGUGGUCCCUCCGCAGCUGCCCAUCGAACAGAUGGGGGCCAUGAGCUUGGCUGGUGGUGACACUGCUGGCCGAGGUGCUCGACGCGGUCACCGUGAUGAAAUAGCCAUUCUUGCCACUCGUCCCCAGCGCAUCACAGACAAGAAAGGUACGACUGGAAACCCCGUUAAGCUCUUGUCCAACUACUUCCGUCUGCUCACAAUGCCCAGCUGGGCCAUUCAGCAGUACCAUGUGGAAUUUGCACCAAACAUUGAGUCGUCUCGUCUUCGUGGUGCUCUUUUGCGAGACCAUCGGGAUCGGUUUGGUGGGAGCUAUAUAUUUGAUGGCAUGUCUGAUUUGAAGAGCGCAACCCGACUGGAGCAUAAGGUCACAGAGCUGUACUCUCAGCGUCACAUUGAUGGUGCCCAAAUUUGCAUCAUCGUGAAGCAUGUCCAGGAGCUUGCGCCCAACAAUCCAGAGCUGCUGAGAAUUUUCAACACACAGAUGCGCAGGAACCUCGAGAGCAUGCAGUUUGUUCAGAUCCGACGUCAGUUCUUCAACUCUACUGGUCCAAAACCAAUCAGUCGUCACGGGCUAGAAAUCUGGGAAGGCCUGACAACUGCUGUCGGUCAGCAUGAUGGCGGCGUCCUGAUGGUGGUGGACACAGUGCACAAGGUGCUUCGCACAGAGAACGUUCUCCACCUUCUUGGCUCUCUGCAGCAGACAGCUCGUGGCAACUACAAGGAUGAAGCCAUAAAGGCGGUGGUUGGCUGCAUUGUCAUGACCAGGUACAACAAUAAGACCUACCGUGUUGAUGACAUUGACUGGACAAAGAACCCGCAGCAGGCAUUCGAAACGAAAGAGGGGCCCAUCACUUAUCUCAAGUACUACAAGGACCACUACCAGAAGGAUAUCAGGGAUCUCAACCAGCCUCUGCUUGUUUGCCGCCCGAGGGAGCGAGACAUCAGGGUUGGCCGCACUGACAACCUCUACCUCAUUCCAGAGCUGUGCUUCCUCACUGGGCUGACGGAUGACAUUCGUUCAAACUUUAGCAUAAUGAAGGACUUGGCCAGUGAAAUGAAGCUUGAUCCUGCACAGCGUGUGGCCAACCUCCAGGAAUUCAUGCAGAACAUGAGCAGGAAUCAGCAAGUUGUAAAGGAAAUGGGCCAGUGGGGUCUGAAGUUCUCAGAGAGCCUUGUUGAAAUUGAUGCUCGCCAGGUUCAGCCUGAAAGAGUGAUUCACGGAAACAACAUCAGGUCCAAUGUAAACCCUAUGACUGCCGACUUCUCAAGGGAGAUGCGUGACAAGAAUAUGUUCAAAGCAAUCCAGAUUCGUUCGUGGGUGGUUGUGUGCACACGUUGCGACAUGCAGAAUGCUCAGGACUUUGUGCGCGAGCUGAUGUGUGUUGGGCCACCGAUGGGAGUGACCAUGCAGCAGCCUCAGUUAGUUGCUCUGGAGGAUGACCGUGUAGGCAGCUACAUAAAUGGCCUCAAGAACAUUCCCAGGGACACUGAGCUGCUGAUGGCAGUGUUCCCCAACAAUCGCAAAGACCGUUACGACUGUCUCAAGAAGGUGGCUUGUGUCGACAUGGGACUGCACACACAGGUGAUGCUUGGCAGGACCAUCAGCAACAAGAAAAAUCUGAAGUCAGUGGCAACUAAGGUAGCUAUUCAGAUGAACUGCAAGCUUGGUGGAGAAGCUUGGGCUGUGGAGAUCCCGCUCCAAGGUGCGAUGUGCAUCGGGUACGACACAUACCACGAUUGCCGUCAGAAGGGCCUCUCGGCUGGUGGCUUCGUAGCCAGCCUGAACAAGACCCUGACACGUUGGUAUUCUCGUGUCAGCUUCCACCAGGCACACCAGGAGCUGGGGAGUGCCCUCAAGACUCAUCUGGCAUUAUCAUUGAAGCAGUACCAGGAGGAGAACAACACGGUCCCCAAGCGCAUCCUGUUCUUCCGCGAUGGUGUUUCGGACGGGCAGCUGCUGCAGGUUCAGGAGUGGGAAGUGGGCCAGAUUCAGAGCCUGCUGACUGAAAUGUUCCCAGGGCGAGAGCCUCAGCUUGCCUUUGUCGUCGUGACCAAGAGGAUUGCCACCCGUUUCUUCAGCAUGAACAGGGGUCGUGGAUACCAGAACCCUCCCCCAGGAACUGUCAUUGACAACAACGUGACCAGGCCUGAAUGGUAUGACUUCUAUCUAAUCUCCCAGAGUGUACGUCAGGGAACGGUGGCACCCACACACUUCAACGUCAUCCACGACACGACAAUGCUGAAGCCCGAGCACAUGCAGCGGCUUUCCUACAAGCUCACCCACUUGUACUUCAACUGGCCAGGCACAAUCCGCGUCCCUGCCCCAUGCCAGUAUGCCCACAAACUGGCUUUUCUGGCUGGUCAGAGUCUUCACGCCGAGCCGCACAAGAAUCUUGCGACCACACUAUUCUACUUGUAAAUGCCAUGCGCAUCCCCAAGAAGGUCUCAACCACUGCCAAGUCAUGACAGCGGUCGCCAUCUACGGCAAAAGUUGUGCAUUAUCUUAAAUUCCCACCUCACAUUCAUUUCAUUAGGCAAAGUUAAAUGCAAAGCUCGAUUUUCACGUAACCUAGACUACCUAGUUUUCGGUAUUGCUUAACCACAGGUUGGGAUCAAGUUGUUGGAUGAAAACUUGCAAUUCUUUUUAUUUAAAUGGGCAUUUGGAUACCAAUCAGCUUGAUAUCUUGCACUUUGUGGUUCUAUGGCAGAACACACACACAUUACCUCCCAUUUUGUUGUUGGGGACAAUACUCCUGCCACUUAUUCUUAUUUUGAUAGUUCAGUGCCAGUCACGUUUAUUUUGCCCAUUGUCGAUACAAUCCAUCUUGUAGUUUCUUUUGCCAAAGGAAGGCAUAAUUUUGGCAGAAGUGAAGUGCCUUGCAUGUUAUCAUUUCACUGUUAAAAGUUCAUAACAUUUAAUAAAUAGUUCUUU